CUAAUAUGGGGCGCUUCCAGACUGGAUAAGGAGAAACUAAGAAAUAUCUGGCUCGACUGUGACAGCGCAAGGAGUGGAUCCUUGGAUCGGGACGCAUUUGUGAAGGGGAUGUGGCGCAUUGAUGAAGAGCUCAGAAGGGCUCAGCUUGGUCGUCGGAUAUCAUCGUCCAGUUCGUCGUCACUAUACCGAGCCCGUCAGCCACCGAAAACCCCUAAACUACUAUUGCAAUGA